AUGGCAGUGCUGCUGGAGACCACGGUGGGCGACCUGGUCAUCGACCUGUACACGGAGGAGCGGCCCCGAGCAUGUCUGAAUUUCCUGAAGCUCUGCAAGGUCAAGUACUACAACUACUGUCUUAUUUAUAAUGUCCAGCGGGAUUUUAUUAUACAAACUGGUGACCCCACAGGAACCAGCCGUGGAGGGGAAUCCAUAUUUUGUCAACUCUAUGGUGAUCAAGCCAGAUUUUUUGAGGCAGAAAAGGUGCCCAGAAUCAGGCACAAGAAGAAGGGAACAGUGUCAAUGGUGAACAAUGGAAGUGAUCAGCAUGGAUCACAGUUCCUCAUUACCACAGGGGAAAACCUGGAUUACCUUGAUGGUGUACAUACAGUGUUUGGAGAAGUGACAGAAGGCAUGGAUGUAUUGAAGACAAUUAAUGAAACCUUUGUAGAUAAGGAUUUUAUCCCAUAUCAAGAUAUCAGGAUAAAUCAUACAGUAAUUUUACAUGAUCCCUUUGAUGAUCCACAUGCCUUGUGUGUUCCUGAUUGCUCACCAGAUCCUACAAAGGAGCAGCUCGACAGUGGCAGAAUAGGAGCAGAUGAAGAAAUUGAUGACAUGAAAGGACGGCCUGCAGAUGAAAUAGAAGAAGUUCAGGCUGAAAAAGAAGCAAAAAGUCGUGCUAUUCUUCUGGAAAUGGUGGGAGACUUACCAGAUGCAGACAUCAAGCCACCAGAAAAUGUGCUGUUUGUUUGUAAACUGAAUCCUGUGACCAAAGGUGAAGACCUGGAGAUAAUAUUUUCACGAUUUGGUCCCAUUAAAAGUUGUGAAGUGAUCCGAGACUGCAAGACUGGUGAAUCUCUUUGUUACGCUUUCAUUGAGUUUGAAAAGGAGGAAGACUGUGAGAAAGCCUACUUCAAAAUGGACAAUGUGCUGAUUGAUGACAGACGGAUACAUGUGGAUUUUAGCCAGUCUGUUGCCAAGGUUAAAUGGAAGGGAAAAGCUGGGCAGUAUACCAAGGAAGAUUUCAAGGACUAUGAGAAGGAAUGUGACAAACCUUCUAAAUUUGCUCUGAAAGAAAAAGUAAAACCAAAGCGAGAUGCCAAGUAUGACCUCGUGUUGGAUGAGGAUAUAGAGGAGUCUCACACAAGUCAGUCACACCUGGCUAAAAAACAGAAGAAGAAGAAGCACCAUCUCCGUGAAGAAGAUAACAAGAGGACCAAAAAAUCUAAGGAGUCUGACAAAAAGCAUGAAGAACACUGCAGGGAGAGGAGCAAAGGUGAGAAGAGACACAGGCAUUCGAGCAGCAGCCAUUAUAAGGAGAGAUACACUUACAGUAGACAAAAAGACAAGUACAGAUGA